GAAGUUUUGAACUGGCUGUGGCGGACAUCCAAAACUUGCCCCAACUUGUCCGUAGAAACGCUUAAUAUCUGUUCUGUCGCUUUGGUUUUAAUACUAUGAGACACAUUUUCACCUGUUUGAGCACCUGAGCAGUUACCCGGGGUGAAGCUCCCUCCAGUCCCUUCGGUCCGAGCAGAUGUCCGGCUUCGCCCUGGAGCCGGUGGGCGGCGGGGCUCCGAUCCAGCUGCCGCCGGGAGAGACGGUGCUGGGCCGGGGUCCUUUCCUGGGAGUCAGUGAUCGGAGAGUUUCCAGAAACCACGGUCUGCUGGAGAACCAGGACAGCCAGCUGAGACUCAGACCGACCCACUUUAACCCGUGUUUUGUGCAGUCGUCUCUGACCGACAGCCCUCGAGCACUGCAGAAAGGUUCCUGGCACCCUCUACAUCAUGGAGACUUUUUCUCUCUGCUGCCUGGUCAGUUCAUCUACAAGGUGGUGGCCGUGGGCGGAGAAGAGGAAGAGCAUACUCCCAGAAACAGUCAGAUGUUUGAAGAAGAAGGUCCAGUUUCACCUCAGCCUGAUGAAGAGCCACCUCCUCCUCCUCCUCCUCCUCAUGAUGAAAAACAGCAAAGAGAACAGACUCCCCUUCAAGAGGAAGAUGAAGCAAAGGACCCAUUAAACCAGAAGGAAGCUGAAAAACCAUCAACAAGUGUGAAAAAGGCAUACUUGGCUCCUCCCACACAGAUGGCGCCAGAUCGAGGCGAAGUCACUGCGUCCAAACAGAGGAGGAGAGUUUUACCUGCGUGGAUGAUGGCGGCUGCAGCAGGCUCCUCCUCCAGCCCAAAAGUUGAGAAGAAACAUAAAGCACCUGCAGCGGCUGCACCCAGCUCCAAACGAGCAGCAGCUAAAAAAGCCCCACCUGCAGAGGCAUCAUCACCUGAGGAGGCGGAGCUAAGUGAGGAGGAGGAGGAGCGGCCAAAGAAAAAGAGGAGGAAGGAGAGCAAAGGCGAGGAGAGGGCUGGUCCUAAAACAGAUGCUCCUUCAGAACGGCCCGCUCUUCAGGCUAAAUCCAGCAGAUGUGAGGUCAGCGAUGAGUCUGAUAGCUUCCCCAUGGAUGUAGAGGAGGAGGGAAGAGGAGGAGAGACGUCUACAGCUGACAUAAACACCACAGCUCAAACGAGUGCGGUCAGUCAGGCUGACAAAGAGGACAAGAAGUUAAAAAACGGAGGACAGACGAGUAAAAAAGGAGAGUCUGUGGGGUCGAACAGCAGCCCUGCUCCGACCAAACCUCGCCGCAGGACGCCGUGUCCGUAUGGGAAGGACUGCUACAGGAAGAACCCGCUCCAUUUCCAGGAGAGCAGUCACCCCGGGGACACCGACUAUGAGGAAGAGGAGGAGGAGGAGGUGGACGAGGCAGACCUCCCAGAGUGCCCCUACGGCACCGACUGCUACAGGAAAAACCCUCUUCACAGGAAGGAAUACAAACACACACAGAAACCAGCCUCCACGAUGCGUACCCGCCCUAAAAAGCCCCCCGCUGACAACGAAGAUGAGGAGGAUGGCUCUGAGUACGAGGACAGCUUCAUCAAUGACGACAGCGAGGAGGAGGAGGAGGAGGAGGGAGGCGACGACUCCGACUACGUCCCGCCCGCCUCUGACGACAGCGAGAAGGAGGACAUCAGACGGCUGCAGAGAGAGGCGCAGGCCUUCCUCAAGAAGAAGAAGUAGACGCCGCUCCUUCUUUGUUUGUUUGGAGGUUUUUGGAGCAGCGGUGGCGACCUUGAACCAGAGCUGCAGGACUUGGUGGGGCUAAAUCAGGCUGAAGAUGAAGGAUUAAAGGUCUAGAAAACACUUCUCUGUUUGAUUGAUGAUCAUGGCCUGAAUUGUGUUGGGGAAGGAAAAUCUGGCCUUGAUUUAUCUGAUCAACAUCAGCACUUCUCAGGAACCUGAGUCUAGUCAGGAGAGGACGACAAACAUCCAACAAAAGGCUCUGAAGUCUGAGCCAAGCAGCCUCCACACGGCUUUACUCAGACUGUUGAUAUUCAGAGUGUCACAGCUCUGCGUGGCUUUAAGGUCAAACAUCCAGCCCUGACACUUUUUCCACUUUUCCACUUUUUAAUCAACUCUACAUAGAGGAGGAAACUUUUAUCAGCAGUGCAUGUGCUGCAGAAGCCCUCAGAUGUGAUUUUACCAGUUUAGACAGCUUAGGGAUGCACGAUAUUAUCCACCUGAUAUCAGCAGAUAUGAGGAUUUCUGCUGCUAUUUACAACUGAGCUCUUGGCUAUAAAAAUCUGCCUGUUAGGUGUGAAUAUCAGCCAUACAAGCAAAGACAUUAGUAGAGUUUAAAUCUGGACCAACAGACCUACUUCAGCUUUAUCCAUCAUCAUUCCUACACUGUAAAGUCUAUUUAUAGCAGUGGUUCUCUAUGUGGGGGUCGGGACCCCCCGGCUUAGCCCUGCUCGGCUCAGCAUGGCAGCCUAGCCUACAGGGGAUUUGCUUUUCCACCACAACCAAGCUUCAUGUUGGAGGGAGCGUCUAGAGCAGGGGUGUCAAGCUCCUGACUUUUUAUCUAAUUAUUUUAACUUUUUCUUAUUUGUAUGACAGAGCAAGGAUAUUUUAAAUCAUCAGGGUUAGGUUUACAUUUUUAAACUGGAG